UCCCGCUGCCCGUCCCUCAGGCGCCGCCGCCGCCAUUUCCCGCCGUGUGGGCAGGGCCGUGGUGCGCGCCGGGAGCGGGCGGGGCGGCGGCGGAGCGCGGGCUGGGAGGCCCAGGAUGGCGGAGAGACCGGAGGACCUGAACCUGCCCAACGCCGUCAUCACCCGCAUCAUCAAGGAGGCGCUUCCUGAUGGAGUCAAUAUUUCCAAAGAAGCCCGGAGCGCGAUCUCCCGAGCAGCGAGUGUGUUUGUGCUGUAUGCAACAUCAUGUGCAAAUAACUUUGCCAUGAAGGGGAAGAGGAAAACCCUGAAUGCUGGGGACGUGCUCUCUGCCAUGGAGGAGAUGGAGUUCCAGAGAUUCGUGGCCCCUCUGAAGGAAUCCCUGGAAGUUUACAGGCGGGAGCAGAAAGGAAAGAAAGAGGCCAGGAAAGAUAAAGACAAGAAGGCAGACUCGGAGGAGCAAGAUAAGAGCCGAGAGGAGGACAAUGAUGACGAUGAUGAAAGGAUGGAGGAGGAAGAACCAAACGAUGAGGAAGAGGUGGACAACUGAGCUGGCUCGUGGGCAGGGGCUGGGGUGUGCUCAGAGGGAUGUAAAGGCUGUAAACCGACCUUGCUGCAUCCCCUGGAGUGUCCUUUAGAGCUUUGUGCUGCCCCUCUGUGGCCUGUCCCUUUUGGCUGGAAUUUGUACAUAAAGGACUGUGCUGAAGCUUUCCCAUGGCAGGGGGGCUCCUCCCUGUGCCUGGGGGGCUUUGGCCCUCCCCAGGCUCUGGGCAGGCACUUCCUGGGCUUUUGAUGCUGGGCUGGCUCUGAAAGAGAGGAAAAAAGCACUGGUGGGUGCUCAGUGCAGAAACUGGCCAGGAGAACAUGAGAGUCUUGAAGAUGAGGGGCUGAAUCCAUUCACAGAUCACUUCUGGGGUGUAGAAUGUAGGUGAUGAUGUCCAGAGGCUUGGGAGCUGCACAUUGAAGCUUUUGAUCCAGUUGAGUUGUUUUUUCCCCUUUGUUUCCUUGCAUCCUGGCUGUGCCUUCUCUGCCUGCUGUGCUGUGACAGUGACACUGUGUCCUCCAGCCUCAGCAGCAGCACAGGGACCACGAGUUCACUCACUGACUCACCCAAACUAACCCAAAUCUGAAAAACACGGGGUAAACUGUACACUGACAGUGCAUUGAGAGACAAAGAGGAGAUGAUUCAAAAUCUGGAGCACAAGGAGGGCUAAAAUGAGGAGCAGGGCUGAAAACAGGUGGCUUUGUGCCAUGCUGGGGGUGUGGCAGCUCAGUGUCACACUGAGGUCUGGUGGUCUCACCUGCAGCCAGCUGAGAUGUGCUAGAGCAGAGUGGGGAAUUGUGGUUGUCUUUUCCCCUUUUCCCAGUUGGGAUGGGCCAAUUCCAUCCCAGGGGUGCCUCAGGGAGGGCAGCAGGGCAGGGUGUGCCCACCCAGGGGCCCUUGUGGUUUCACAAAAGGCCCCUGCAGGAAGGAAGGGUUGAGAGAAGCUCUUGGUAUCCCUUGUGCUGCUGUAGGUUUGUGCUUUUCCAUUUCCACUCUUAGUUCUGAUGCCUUUCUCCCUCAGGAAGUUUUAGAUACAUUUAAAACCCCCAGGUUUUGAUGAUGUGCAGUUUUAAAAUAGCACUUGUGAGGAAUCCUGGAUCCUUUCCACCAAAAAAUGGUGGCAGCUGCCCACAAGAACCACCCUGCCCUCCUGCUCUUCUGGCUCGCUGGAUUUUCACACGCACACAAGCCCAGCUUCUGAAAAGAACUGAACCAACACAGAUUUUCUGCUGUCUAGUUUCUGCUGGCAUUCAGUCAGGCUGUGCAAAGCCUGAGCUGAUGAUGUGUUCCCACAUUUCUGAUAAACACCCACCUUCCAGCUCUUUUCCUCUCUUUUUUUUUUCUCUUCAGCACAUAUCUGGGGUGCAUAUUCUGGAAGGGAAUGAGAUCUAAAUAAAACCAGCUUUUUUUUACAGAAA